AUGAGAUUGAUAUUAUAUGACGCCGUCACUGACGCGGACUGGGAUCGGUUUAUGGCUGUGAACCUUACAGCACCGGUGAGACGGAUGGAAGAGGUUAUCCGGGAGAUGAGGAAUCAGAAGUCUGGCGUUAUUUUGAACAUGGCGAGCCCGGCUGGAAUGAGCGGUGCCGCAGCAGGCGUGGCGUAUACGGCGAGUAAGCACGGCCUUAUUGGGGCGACGAAGAACGUUGCCUGGAGAUUCAAAGGGGAGAAUAUACGGCAAUGUGCUGUGCCCGGGAGUUACUGGAAAUCUCACAAUCCUUGCCUGUAA